AUGCACACAGGCGACAACCUCGUGCAGAAGCAACGGAAGGGAAGCGGAGGGCGGACAGUCGUGGUGACGGGAGAGAGAAGCAGCUCGAGUAACGUGCGAAGAGGCGAAUCGAGUGCUGGAUCAAACGGGUUAACUACUGAGACGAGAGCAAACGAAGAGGUGCCAAUCUGCCAAAAGCAAGCAGAGAUGGAGCCCGUCCCCAAUAUCUGA